AUGCGAAACUACAUCAUUCAGAACAAAUGUCCGACUGAACUCCGUCAGGUGAGGGUGGAGGAGAGCGGCUCGUCUCUCAGGGCUCGCUUCUCUGCUCUGCUGUUCCUGUACCAGGGGGACUACCGGGACGUCUUCCUGCACUGCAGACUCAGCCUGUGUGACCAGAGGAGCUCCUCCUGCACUCCAAUGUGCACCAAAAGGAAAUACCGCUCUGUCACCCCCUCUGUCCCCCUCGACCCCGUCACCAUCGGACCAAUCACCUGGUCCCAAAAUGAAGAUUGAACUUGUCAGGCUUCCUGUAUCCUAAACAAUGAAUCCAGUUAUCUAAAUGAUUAAUGUAAAGUUCAUAAACCUAUCUCACCUAUACAUGAUUUAUGUCCUAAACCAGGCCAUUUAAUAUAUAAUAUCUUACAUACAUCCAGUUAUAAAUAAUGAUCUUUUAAGGAUAUUUUUAUAUUCCUCGUAUUUCUAGAAUGAUUAGUAAAACAUUUCUAUUUGAACCAACACAAAUUCAUUGUUGAACCUUUAACUAAUGCUUGAGGCCAGAAAGUGUAUGUGCUGGUCACUAAUGUUUGUAACUUUAAAAUAAAUGGACAUCUAGUUGGGAUUAUAUCAACACAAACAUCUCCCUUUUCUAGUUUAAACUGCAGCUAUAAUAUCAUUUCAUCCUAUUGCUCUAAAAUGCUUUGUAUGUGCAGUAAUUUAAGUGUUAAUAAAAUAUAAAUGAUAAAUAUA